UCCAGCUUUUUGGUCAGUCCAAUGUUGCUUCUGUCCCUGUGAAGUGCUCCAGCUGAAUUUCGAAUUGCAAAUUUUGCUCCCAGUGAUUUCCGCUGCUUAAAAAACGCGAGAAAAAUGCCCAACUACCACAAACCCGAGUCGAAAACUGUCCAGGAGUUGAAGGACAUUGCCCAUCGUCUGAGGAUUCACUCAAUUACAUCCACCCAGGCCUCUAAAUCUGGGCACCCAACAUCAUGUGCAUCAAUUGCGGAGAUCAUGUCGGUGCUCUUCUUCCACACGAUGCGCUACAAAGUGUCCGUACCGCGGGAUGCAUCGAGUGAUCGUUUCAUCCUGUCGAAAGGACACGCUGCACCCAUUCUCUAUGCCGCUUGGGCUGAAGCUGGACUCUUCCCCGUGGCUGAUUUGCAGAAUUUGCGCAAAGUGGACUCCGAUCUUGAGGGUCAUCCCACGCCACGACUCAACUUUAUCGACGUAGGAACGGGAUCUUUGGGUCAGGGGGUGGCUGUCGCCUGUGGUAUGGCGUAUGUGGGGAAGAAUUUUGACAGGGCUGCCUACAGGACGUACGUUCUUGUGGGUGAUGGUGAAUCCGCUGAAGGAUCCAUCUGGGAGAGUCUCCACUUUGCCGGGCACUACAAGCUCAACAAUCUCUGCGUUAUCUUCGAUGUGAAUCGUCUGGGGCAAUCUGAACCGACAUCUCUGCAGCACCAGAUGGAGGUCUAUCGUAAACGUUUGGAAUCCUUUGGUUUCAAUGCCAUCGUAGUUGAUGGGCAUGACAUUGAGGAGCUCUGCAAGGCCUUCUUUGAGGCCAGCAACACCGCAGAUCGCCCCACGGCUAUCAUUGCCAAGACAUUCAAGGGAAAAUUCUUCCCUAACAUUGAGGAUCUGGAGAAUUGGCAUGGGAAACCACUUGGUGAUCAAGCUGAUCCCGUAAUCAAGCACCUGGCGGGAUUAAUUAAUAAUGCUGGAACACUGCAGAUUGCUCCGCAGAAGCCCCUCAAUGAUGAUGCACCUGUUGUGGAUAUUAGCAACAUUCAGCUUGCUUCACCACCAAGCUACAAGUUGGGUGAAUCUGUGGCAACACGUCUCGCUUAUGGUACAGCUCUGGCAAAGAUUGCCGUGAACAAUGCACGUGUAAUUGCCCUCGAUGGGGACACGAAGAACUCGACAUUCUCCGAGAAGCUGAAGAAGGCCUUCCCGGAUCGCUACAUUGAGUGCUUCAUUGCGGAACAGAAUCUCGUGGGAGUUGCCAUUGGAGCGGCAUGCCGAGACCGUACGGUGGCUUUUGUGUCCACCUUCGCUACCUUCUUCACGCGUGCCUUUGAUCAGAUUCGCAUGGGAGCCAUUUCGCAGACAAAUGUGAAUUUUGUUGGCUCCCACUGUGGUGUUAGUAUUGGAGAAGAUGGACCCAGUCAGAUGGGACUUGAGGACAUUGCCAUGUUCCGUACAGUUCCCGGUAGCACUGUCUUCUACCCCUCGGAUGCUGUUAGCUGCGAACGUGCUGUAGAGAUCGCUGCCAAUACCAAAGGGAUCUGCUUCAUUCGCACAUCCCGACCAAAUACAGCCGUUAUUUAUUCCAACGAGGAGGUCUUCCAGAUUGGCAAGGCAAAGGUGGUGAGGAAGUCUCAAAAUGAUCAAGUGCUCAUUGUGGGUGCUGGAAUCACUCUGUAUGAGGCUCUUUCUGCCGCCAAUGAGCUCGAAAAGUCCGGCGUGAACGUGCGCAUCAUCGAUCCAUUCACCAUUAAGCCACUCGACAAUGAGACAAUUAUCGCGAAUGCUCUACAAUGCGGCGGACGUGUUAUCACGGUGGAGGAUCACUACAAGGAAGGUGGUCUGGGGGAGGCGGUGAUGUCAGCAUUGGCACUACAGCGCAAUGUUGUGGUGAAGCAACUUGCAGUGCCACGCGUGCCACGAUCUGGGCCGCCAAAUGUCCUCAUUGACAUGUUUGGGAUCUCUGCACGCAACAUCGUGUCUGCCGUGGCGGAAAUUCUCAAGCUAUGAGCUGCAUCUCAGCCAUCUCAUGCAUUUCUUUUCGGGCUGGUGGUUUAUCAAUUUAUUUCUUAUAUUUGCUUUUUUCACAUUUUUUGAAUUAUAUCAAUAAAAAAAAGAUUCUACGGUUCAUCCAAA